AUGGCGACUGAACAAAUAAACAAUACAAUUUCAAUUGGUAUCGAUUUCGGCACAUCCAAAUUGGCUAUUUCAUAUUUUGAAAAUAACCAAAAUGUCCAAACUGUAACUUUUGAUGGUGGCUCUUCUAUCAUUCCUGCAUGGCUAAAACUUUUUAAUAACGCUAAUCAAACCAAAAUAUCUUAUAUAGUUGGUGAACAGGCAAAAAAACCCGAAGAUCAACUUGAUAAUGGUGAAACUUUUUAUAAUAUCAAGCGUUUUCUUGGUAAAACAUUUGAAGAGUUGCAAGACGAGUCGGAUAUUUUGGGCUUUGACUUUGGACAAGAAAAUGGGAAUUCUGUCAUCGUAAUUGGUUCUCAACAACAAAAACCAAAUACAUUUCGCCCCAAAGAAAUUGCAGCACUUUUCUUUAAAAAACUGAUGAAUCAAAUUAAAACCAAAAUACCCACUAUUGUAAGACCAAAUAUGUUCGUUGGUGUUCCUGUCAAAAUGACUCCUGAGGCAAUUCAAGACUUAACAGAAGCUGCUAAAUUAGGUGGAUUUGAAACGGUUGAUGUUAUUGCUGAACCAAUGGCAUCUGUUCUUUAUUAUUUGGAUGUUAACAAGAAUUCAACAAUAAAAAAUUUCAUCGUGAUUGACAUAGGUGCUGGCACACUUGACAUUUCAUGUGUUGAGAAAAAUUCAAAUGGAAGUUAUGAGUUGUUGUAUUCUGAUGGAAACAAUGAUCUUGGGGGAAACAAUUUCGAUGAAGUCGUAUCUAAAAUGAUCAUAGAUACUGUAGAAAAAAAUAUUCCUUAUUUCUAUACAACACUCUCUAAAGAUUUGUUGCCAGACCGCUUGAACAUAAAAAGACGCUUGAAUAUUCUUAAAAGGGUUUCUGAAGACACGAAAAUUGCAUUUUCUUCAAAUGAUCAAGUCGAAAUUGAUUUUAAUAAUUUGUUGACAAAGGAAGACACUAAAAAUGGUUAUUUACUUGAAAUAUGUGACGACAAAGAAUCUUUCAUAUUACAAAAAGUCGAUUUUAUUGACAAAGCAGAUUUUCUUUUUAGUAACAUUAGAAAUACAAUUAAAAAUAUUUUAACACAAUCAAAAUUAUCACUGAAAAAAAUUGAAAAGGUGAUUCUUGUUGGUGGGUGUGCACUUAUUCCAAAAGUCAAACAAGUUGUUAGAGCAUCGAUAACAAAUGUGUAUAAAUCAUUUAAUGGUGCAAUUGUAACAAUAAAUAAAAUGACAACGGUGUCUGAAGGAUGUGCAAUACAAGCAAAUGAUAAUUUAAAUACAAACGUAUACAAUCGCGUCAUACAGAAAACAUCAUAUACUGUCGGAUUAGAUGUGAGUGGUAUUUUUGAAACGGUUAUUCCAACAAAUGUGGUUUUGCCUGUUUAUUUUGAAAAAGUGUAUCAGUGUGAGAAAGGAGAACAAGAUAUAUUUUUGACGUUUUAUAAAACUACCCUUGUUCUAAAAGCAAAUCAAAAACAUCGAAUUAAUUGUUCGGAGUAUAAAUAUAUAACGGAUGUUAAAGUGCCACCAGGUGAUACUGUUACAGUCAAAGUGAAUGUCGAUCUUGUAGGAAAUACAACAGUCAAAGCAACUUCAAAAAAUGGGAAAGUUGAUGGUAAAAUGUAUGUAGAUACUUCAUCACUUGAAAAUGAUUUACUGUCGCUCAAAAGGCAUCUCGAAAAUACUAUCUAUUUUAAUUGA